AUGGUGCCAUGGCGUUAUUUCAGGAGAUCCGGGGAGCGUCUUUUGCAGCUCCUUCUGCUGGCUGUUUGCGUAUUUGGCUUAUACACGAUUUUCCACGGUCCAAAGUCGCAAUCACUGCGCUCAGUGAGGUACGAUAGGGGAGAAUUUGCGGGAGCGUUUGUUGGAAGUGCGGCUCAACAGAUACAGAUGAAAGAUGGCGUCGAUCCUUUUGCACAAUAUAAGCAUCUCGAUAAGAAGGACUGGCAUGAUUAUGAAGCGAUGAAAAGCGAUGCGGCAAGGGUAGGUCCUGGAGAAGGUGGCAAGCCGGUGGUCAUUCCAGCUGAUCCUAAGAUCAAAGAAGAGCAAGAUAAAUUAUAUCGAGUGAAUGGUUAUGAUGCGUAUAUUAGCGAUUUGAUAGCGCUGAAUCGUUCAGUCAGAGAUAUUCGACAUCCAGAAUGCAAAAAUAUGAAGUAUAUCGAGCGGCUGCCAAGCGUUGCAGUGAUAUUUCCAUACCAUGAUGAGCACAAUUCAACGUUGCUGAGAAGCGUCUAUUCAAUAUUAAAUCGAUCACCAAAAGAUGUGCUGAAAGAAAUAAUCCUUGUUGACGAUGCGAGCACAAAGCCGUUCCUCAAGGAACCACUUCAGCAGUUCCUCAUAAAUGCUCAUAUCGAUCACAUUGUGAAGAUUGUACGAACUCAGAAACGAGAAGGAUUAAUUCGGGCGCGACAAGUUGGCGCCAGACAUGCAACAGCAGAAGUGAUGGUAUUUCUGGAUGCACACUCGGAAGCCAAUUAUAACUGGCUGCCACCUCUUAUUGAGCCUAUUGCACUGAAUUACAAGACUGUGGUAUGUCCAUUUGUGGAUGUAAUUGACUGCAACACGUAUGAGUAUCGUGCCCAGGAUGAGGGAGCCAGAGGCUCGUUCGAUUGGGAAUUCAAUUACAAACGUUUGCCUUUGACAGAAGAAGAUCGAAAAAAUCCAACGCGUCCGUUCAAAAGUCCUGUUAUGGCUGGAGGAUAUUUUGCAAUCAGUACAAAAUGGUUUUGGGAGUUAGGAGGAUACGAUGAAGGGCUUGAUAUAUGGGGCGGUGAGCAGUACGAACUGUCUUUCAAGGUGGGUAUAAAAUUUCCAUCAAAAAAUCGCUCCCUAAUCGACCUAAGAGUGUAA